AUGUCAAAGAUUAAAGCGGUGUUGACUCCAAAGAAAUCUACCAAGAAACCACCUGUUGUCCAACAAAAUACUCGUGGCCGACCAACAACAAAGCAGGCCUCUCAACAGUUGGUUAUAAGGUCCCAAAAACCCAAAGCAAGCCUAAGCCGUUCAAAGAGUUCUAAGAAGAAAGAGACACGAGAUGCUGAGGGUUUUCCUUUAAUAAUUGGGGAUGAGUACGUGGGAAUCAUCAAACAGUUUAAGUAUGCCAUUCCACCAGUGUUCCAUCCAUACGUCUCGUGCAUACGAGAUGUGAUGCCAGACGGUCAUUGUGGGUUUCGGUCUGUGGCUGUGGGCUUAGGUAUGGAUCAGAGUUCAUGGGGGCUCAUUCGAAGGGACCUUGUCCAAGAAAUGGAUCAGAACAAAUCGAUCUGGUUCCCAAUAUUUGAAGCAUGUGAUGAAGGUUAUUUUUACACGCAUCGUCAAGGCCUAAUUUGGGAUUCAGUGUCCGGUUGUGGGGAGGAUCACUGGAUGGACUUCCCCUUAGCAAGACUUCUUAUUGCACAAACGUACGGUAUCGGGGUGCACCUGUUAACGACAACCAUGGGUGCGAGUUCCAUUUUCUUCCCCAUACUAAGUCCUUCAGCUAAUCAACAACCAUUAUUCAUAACGCUUACACAUGUUAACGAGAACCACUUCAUACAUCUUAAGCUGGAAGGGGAUUAUCCAAUGCCACCAGCACACAGGCUGUGGUUGACCCACCGAAGACCCCAUACAGAACAAUGGGAAGAUAUGUACUUCCCACGUCUAGAAUAG